CUUGGUGAUGUCGCCACGAGGAGUGACAUGGAGAAGAAGAAGGGCGGAGGACGUUACGAGUCGAAAACAGGAUAAAUCAAUCAUGUCCCGUGUUCGACCAUUGUCUCGACUAUUUCUUCCAUCUCCAUUCCCCAAACACUCUUCCUUCUUCCAUCUCAACUACUCUCGAAUCCCAAUCUCCGCUUCUCAUUCCACAAUCGCCGCAAACAUGUCGAACGAAUGGACCAAGAAGACCUUCACCCUCAACACGGGUGCUAAAAUGCCUGCCGUCGGUCUCGGAACAUGGCAAUCCAAGCCCAACGAGGUCCGCGACGCCGUCAAGUCUGCUCUCCUCGCUGGAUACCGCCACAUCGAUACUGCCCUUGCCUACGGCAACGAGGCUGAAGUCGGCCAGGGUAUCAAGGACUCAGGUGUCCCCCGUGAGGAGAUCUGGAUCACCACCAAGCUGGACAACCCCUGGCACAAGCGCGUCGAAGAGGGCAUCAACUCUUCGCUCAAGGACCUUCAGACCGACUACGUUGACCUUUACCUGAUGCACUGGCCCUCCUCCACCGACCCCGCCGACCUCAAGAAGCACUACCCAGACUGGAACUUUGUCGACACAUGGAGAGAGCUCCAGAAGCUCCCCGCCUCUGGUCGCGUAAAGAACAUCGGUGUCUCCAACUUUGCCAUCAAGAACCUCGAGAUCCUCCUCAAAGACGAGUCCUGCAAGACCGUCCCCGCCGUUAACCAGAUCGAGCUCCACCCCAACAACCCCUCGCCUAAGCUCGUCGACUACUGCAAGGAGAAGGGCAUCCACUGCACCGCAUACUCUUGUUUGGGCUCCACAAACUCGCCAUUGGCGAAUGACGAGGUGCUGAAGAAGAUUGCUGAGGGCAAGGGCAAAUCUACCGCCCAGGUUCUCCUAAUGUGGGGUCUCCAACGCGGCACCUCCGUCAUCCCCAAAUCCGUAACCGCAUCCCGAAUCGAGGCAAACUUCCAGCUCGACGGCUGGUCCCUCUCCGACGACGAAAUGAAGCAACUCAGCAGCCGGCCCGACCGCUUCAAGGUCUGCGGCGACGCGUGGUUGCCCGUCAAGGUCUUCUUCGGCGACGACGAGUAA